UUCGCUGUUACAUUUCUCAGCCAGUUCCAUGCUAUGCUAAGCACUGUUGAUGAAACAUGGCAACGGGGUUCAUAUUAAACCGGGGCGCCCUAACUUUAGGAAUUCAUUGCCAGCGUGUUUGCAGAGGUAUUUCGCUAUCCCAGGUUCGGGAGAAAAAGCGAUGGAUGAAAGCGUACGAACACCUGAUGGCGAAGAAGUUAAAGCUUGAAGGACCUCCGCCGCCGACGCCACGGUCGCAAAAGCCAAACUGGGAUUACCAUGCUGAGGUUCAGGCUUUCACUGCCCGCCUUCAUGAAAACUUCUCCCUGGAGCUACUGAAAACAGCCUUUAUCAAUCCCUGUUACCUACAGGUGGAGCAGGAGAGGAGGAAGGAGUUAGGGGUGGACUCUGAGACCACGGCUCUGGCUCUGAGCAAUAAUAUUCAGUUGAGUGAAAAAGGAGCAAGUUUCACCAAAAGCUUCCUGACCGACUGGUGUCGGGCAAGUUUUCCAAACCUGCCAGAUGAGGGGAUGGAAAGUGUCGUGGGCCAUCUCACCAGUCAGGCAGUCGUAACGUAUGUGGCAAGAAAUCUUGGCAUUGAGGACCUAACCUUGAGUGCAGAGUUCCCUGUUCCAGAUGGUGUGCUCCAUUCAACAUUCAUGGCAGUGAUUGGAGCUCUGCAGGAAAGCAGUGGAGCAGAGCAAACUGGGUUUUUUCUCAGGGAUUUCCUUUUGACUCAGCUAAUAGGAAAGGAUGUGUUUGAUAUGUGGACUGUGGUCAACCCCAUGGGACUGCUGGUGGAAGAGCUUACUAAGAGGAAUGUUCCUCUGCCGGAGCCUCGUCUAAUCAGGGCUGCUGGAGCCAGUACUGUCCUGCCACUGUACUUUGUUGGCUUGUACAGUGACAAAAAGCUCCUGGCUCAUGGUCCAGGAGAGACGCUUGCUGGAGCUGAAGAAGAAGCAGCACGAGUCGCUCUCCGCAAACUUUACGGCUACACUGAAAACCGCAAACCAUUUGAUUUCUCUCCACAACAGCAGCAUCAGCAAUCAUUAUUUCAUGCAGCUGGUAUCAAUUGAUGAAGUUAUUAAAAAUGUUGUUGCAGCAUAAAAUGAUGUAAAAGGGGAUUCAUAUGGGCAAGAAUUGCAUUUCAUACUGCAGACUUGGAACAACAGAUUUGUCUGAAUGCUGUUAAAUUACACUUUUUACUGGAUUUUUUGUUGUUGUUGCUAAUAAGCAGCAGAUUCACCUGUCCAUAAUACCCCAACAUCUGAUUAUCUCCUUGUAAAUAAUAAAAUUGGCAUUUGGUUUAUCUUUUAUUCUGUUGUGUAAAUUGUGUAUAAUAAAAAAAUGUAAAGAUG